AUGAGUAGUCUUGGGAUUCAUUUACCUAGCAUAAAAGGUCUUUUUAUUAAUGUUAAAUGCCGUUGUCCUUAACAGAGCUGGGUAUUUCAUCCCUAAAUACUUCGUCCUCAGUGGGACCCCGGUAGACACCCUCCUCGCCGCCGUAAGCAAAGGAUUUGCACGUACAGUCUCGACUUUCAUGACUUUUGGAGUCUUUAGGCUCAUCAUCUGGGCCUAAACUCCCAGUUUCUCGUUAGGUAGAUGUCACCUAGGUGCCCUGUUUGAAGGACUUAUCCUCUCGAGGCUUUUGCUUGUUCUACCCUUUCUAAUGAUGGUUUCGGGAGGAAAGCUUAGAAGAGCUCGGAGAAAGCCUUGCCCGGUAUAUACAAACGACUGCCAGCUCUUUCUUCCCUUCCCCUUUUGAUUUGUUACCUGCUAGUUUUAAGAAAAAAGGUUAGGAGUCGCUUGGUCUGUCGUCACUAUUUUUAUGUACAUAAAGGUCUUUUUUAAAACCAGACUGAAUGGAUUGUGAAAAAUCCUCGCUGAAGGUUAGGUUAGGUUAUUUCAGACAGGUGUUAACCAUAUUGGUGAUGCAAUCACCAAAGACUUCCAAAAACGGAAGGUUCAUCCUCUUUUUGACUUUAGCCCAGAAUGUCGAUCCCUAAUAAUGGGUGCCACUUCCAGCGCCUUCUGUCUCCUCCUAGCCUUGCGCUUUAGUCUUGAGCGAGCGUUCCUCGCUGAAAGUAAAAGUCAAUAGACUGAUAGGAAAAUUGCAUCAUAAGCCUGAUUUUAUAACUAAAAGUUUUGUCAAAAAUGAGUAUACGUCAAUAAAGAAAAAAGAAUUUUGGGAAACCAAAAAUUCAGAAAAUUUUCAGCUGAAAAAGAGAAAAAAGAGAAGUCUCCAAAAUAAGAAAAAGCUACCAAAUCUCGAAAUAAAGAAAAUUCAAGGGUAUAGAUGGAGCAAUGAUUUAAAUAGUUCUAUACAGAGCAGAGAUGCUACUAUUUUGAUAGGAACUCCCAAAGCAAUAUCCCCGAAAGCAAAGCGAAAAAUUACUAAUAUAAGCAUCGAAAACCAGCUAAGUGAAGAAAAAGGUUUUAUCUCAAAAUCUCCACCUGCAAAAAUAAAGAAGCUUCAAACCGAAAUUUACGAUGAUCUCCCGUCGAGCUCCUCCUCUAAAAGUUUCUGCUGUGGCUGGAACGUUGUUUUUUAA